AUGAAGACCUCUAUGCUCUUUACAGCGCUCUGCGUUGCUGGAUCCCUCGCAACCCCUGCCAGGCAGCAUACCCAUGUGAAUGUCGUAGUCGUGACCACGACCAAGACCAUAACUACCAUUGUCUGCCCAACUACCACCACGUCUUUCCCCCCGCCGCCCCCAACCACUUCUCCCAAGGAGAAGAUCAUCACCCCCCAGCCAGAACCAGAGCCGACCUAUGUGCCCCCUCAACCAUCUUCGGAGCCAGAACCAGAGCCAGCGCCUCAACCGACAUAUGCUCCUCCCCCGCCACCUCCACCACCACCACCACCACCAAAGCCAACCUAUGCUCCUCCACCAAAGCCAACCCAAGCUCCUUCACCACCUCCACCCAAUCCCGGAGGUGACUACAAGGGAACUGUCAUGUACCACCACAACGUCCACCGUUCCAACCACUCUGCUUCCGAUCUUACCUGGGAUUCAACUCUAGAGAAUUAUGCCAGACAGCUUGCUGAGAGCUGCAGCUACGGACACAACACCGAAAUUGGCGGUGGCGGUUAUGGCCAGAACAUCGGCUACCAGUCCGGCUUCAACAACGUUGGUGCUCUAAUCACCAACAGCAUGUACAACGAAGAGUUCAUGUACUUUGAGGGCAACUACGGCAUGAAUAAUCCCUCGAACUUCCAUGCAUGGGGUCACUUGACUCAGAUCAUCUGGAAGGCAACUACCCAUGUUGGAUGCUUCACCGCCAACUGUCCAAAUCUCGGUGGUCAGGCCUCUGCCCGCAACGCUUUGUACACCGUUUGCAACUACAGCCCAGCAGGUAACGUCGUUGGUCGGUAUGCUGAUAAUGUUCAUCCUCCACUUGGACAACCUGUCGUUGUUGCGUAA